UUAUUAUUUAUAGAGUAGUGUUAUUAACACUCUUGAGCUCUCCCUCGUUCACACACUGCUUUCACAUUCACUCCUUUGUCUGUGGCUUCUCUGCUUCUUUUUCUCACUCAGAUCCAGGAUUCCACUCAUUGAGGGGUGUUGUUGGAAAGUUUUGCAAUUUAGACUUUAGAUUGUUGUAAGCAGUUGUUCUCAUCUCAACUGUUUGAUAACCUUUAUGUAAGUGAGUACCAAAAGGAAGUUUCCUAAUACUUCUUGUAGAAUGCUCUUUUCAACAAAUUGAGGUUCUGGAAAUUGGGAGAAGAUAAUGGAAGAAAUACAGUCUCAGUCUGAUAACUAUAGGUCUUCAUCAUCUUCAGCGAGUAGUCCAGCAAGUAGGGUGCCCUCAAGUAACUUUUUCUAUCUGCGUAAACCUGGUUCACUGAGACAACCCAUCUCAUUUGAGGAUUCACCAGAAUGGGAGGAUACAGAUGUUGAUGCGAGGGUGGAGGAAGGAGGUGACCGUGACACUAUUAACAUUGCAAUCACUCCAGCCUCCCCAUCUCUCUCGAAGCUAAAUAGUGGGUCCUUGCCAUCUCCACCACUACCAGAGGGUGCAGUUGUGGCAAGGAAAACUGCAGGGGCUUCAGUUGUUUGGAAAGACUUGACUGUCACAAUAAAGGGGAAAAGGAAGUACUCUGACAAAGUUGUGAAGAGUUCGAAUGGUUAUGCAUUGCCUGGAACUAUGACAGUAAUCAUGGGUCCUGCCAGAUCAGGGAAAUCCACUCUACUAAGGGCUAUUGCAGGAAGAUUGCACCAUUCAGCCAAAAUGUACGGCGAAGUGUUUGUUAAUGGGGCAAAAUCGCACAUGCCUUAUGGGUCUUAUGGAUUUGUUGAGAGGGAAACCAGUCUGAUUGGGUCCCUCACUGUCCGGGAGUUUCUGUACUAUUCAGCACUGCUUCAACUUCCUGGUUUCUUUUGUCAGAAGAAGAGUGUAGUUGAGGAUGCUAUUCAUGCUAUGUCUCUUGGUGAUUAUGCUAACAAAUUGAUAGGUGGCCACUGUUAUAUGAAGGGCCUUCAUAGUGGUGAGAGAAGGCGUGUUAGCAUUGCAAGGGAACUUGUGAUGAGGCCACAUAUCUUAUUUAUAGAUGAGCCACUUUAUCAUCUUGACAGUGUCUCUGCACUUUUGAUGAUGGUUACAUUGAAGAAACUUGCAAGCACAGGGUGCACUCUUAUUUUCACCAUUUACCAAAGCAGCACAGAAGUAUUUGGCCUCUUUGACCGGAUUUGUCUGCUUUCAAAUGGAAAUACCCUGUUUUUUGGAGAAACGUUGGCCUGCUUGCAGCACUUCUCAAAUGCUGGAUUUCCUUGCCCAAUUAUGCAAAGUCCUUCAGAUCAUUUUUUGCGUGCAAUAAACACAGAUUUUGACAGGAUCAUUGCAAUGUGCAAAAAUUGGCAGGAUGACCACGAUUUUUCAGCAGUGAAUAUGGAUACUGCUGUUGCGAUACGCACUCUUGAAGCAACUUAUAAAACAUCAGCAGAUGCUGUAGCAGUUGAAAAUAUGAUAGUGAGACUCACAGAUAAGGAAGGUCCAUUUCUCAAAAGCAAAGGAAAGGCUGGCAGUGGUACACGAAUUGCUGUUUUGACUUGGAGAUCAUUGUUAAUCAUGUCAAGGGAAUGGAAAUACUACUGGCUUCGUCUUAUUCUUUGUAUGCUUCUUACGCUCUGUGUUGGCACAGUAUUUUCUGGCCUGGGGCAUUCCUUAUCUUCAGUUGUGACGAGGGUUGCAGCAGUAUUUGUAUUUAUAUCAUUUGCCUCACUUCUAAGCAUUGCUGGAGUACCUGCACUGCUGAAAGAAAUCAAGAUAUAUGCCAGUGAAGAAUUAAACCAGCAUUCGGGACCAUUAGUCUUUUUAUUUGGGCAACUUCUCUCCAGCAUCCCGUUCCUGUUCCUCAUAUCCAUUUCAUCGAGCCUUGUCUUCUAUUUCCUCGUAGGAUUGCGGGAUGAAUUCAGCUUGUUGAUGUACUUUGUGCUGAAUUUCUUCUUGUGCCUUCUAGUAAAUGAAGGACUAAUGCUAGUUGUUGUUUCUUUAUGGCAAAAUGUUUUCUGGAGCAUCUUGACAUUGGUAUCCAUACAUGUGGUAAUGAUGCUUGCCGCAGGCUAUUUCAGAAUUCGAAAUGCUUUGCCAGGACCAUUGUGGACAUACCCACUAUCCUACAUUGCUUUCCACACAUACUCUAUCCAGGGCAUCCUGGAGAAUGAGUAUCUUUGGACUUCCUUUCCGGUUGGGCAGGUAAGGACCAUAUCCGGGUAUCAGGCCCUCCGUAGUGCAUAUGACAUAUCUCCUGACGUUAAUUCUAAGUGGAAGAAUUUGCUGGUCCUGUUUCUUAUGGUGGUUGGGUAUCGCAUUAUUGUGUUUGUUUUACUAUAUUUUCACGUAGGUAAAAAUAAAUCUGUACUCAAAAUUUUUCAAUGUAAUCGGGAUAAGAAAAAUACAAGAUGAAUGAAAGCAGUACUGUGAGCCUUGUUCCUCUGUUCACAUUGUAUAAUUCUUUUUGUUCUUGGCUUCA